AUGAAGGUGGCCAAGCUCCAGCUUAAAGUUCUCGCCGUGGGAGUCUCACAGCAGGUCAGGAACAGAGCAGAUGCCAAACACCCUGUUACCCGCCACGAGAAGCUUCCAGUUGAUCCGAGCAUCGACGGGGUCGUACUCGACGAAUCCACCGGUGACCUGUACUAUGUCCUUCCCAGAGGACCUCGCCUCUUUGCGGAGCGAGUAAACAUCAAGCGAAACCUCCUCAUGAAACUUCCCCCAGGAACCGACCCUGUCAAAGUGGCCGGCCUCUCGGGCAGCUGGCUCACCAGCUGGGCGAUGCUCAAGGACUGCAGCCGCCGCAAAGUUGUGAUUCUGGGCGCAACAACAUGCGCGGGACGUGCAUCGGCACAGAUCGCCCGUUGGCUUGCGGCCUCGGCCAUCAUCGGCAUCUCAGACGACAAAGCUGGCCUUGAGGCUAUCCCAGAGUUGACCAUGCGGGUCCCAUUGACAUCCCCCAUGAAGAUCCCCAACUUCCAGGGUAUCGAUAUUGUUAUCGAUUUUAUCGGUGGGGAUACAGGGCUUCAGCUCUUAGGUGCCGUCAACUGCAGUAUCAUGGGAAUUAUCGACUACAUUCCGGCGUGGGGACCCCGUGGCCCUGAUCCGUUUGUUAUGCCGAGGGAGCUGGUGAUCAAGAAGAGCAUUAACAUCGUGGACCCGGCACUGGCAAGCUGGCGGCUGACCGGUACCGAGAUGAAGGAGACACUGGCGUUCGCAGUGCAUUUGAUGGCUACUUUGCCACGCAUGCCAUUUGAUAUCGUUUCGAAGCCCAUGUCUGAUGUGGACAAAGUUUGGAAUGAGGAGAAGUUCAAGACGUUGAAAAGUGUGCUCGUACUGGUGCCUUGA